AUGUGGAUUUUCCGGGUGAAGCGGUCGCCGGGUUCUCCGCGUGUCUUCAAGGCGCGUUACGUGGCUCGUGGCUUCAGUCAGCGGCAGGGAGUUGACUACUUUCAGACCUUCUCUCCCACCCCGAAGAUGACCACUCUUCGGGUACUGCUGCACAUAGCUGCUCACCGUGACUACGACCUUCACUCUCUUGACUUCAGCACUACUUUCCUGCAGGGCAGCCUGCACGAGGAGAUCUGGCUGCGCCGCCCACCUGGCAUCACUGGGUCUUUUCCUCCUGGCACCCAGUGGAGCCUCCGGCGGCCAGUCUACGGUCUCCGCCAAGCACCGCGUGAGUGGCACGACACACUGAGGACUACACUUGCAGCUCUUGGGUUUGCUCCCUCUACUGCCGGCUCGUCGCUGUUUCUGCGCACCGACACUUCUUUGCCGCCGUUCUACAUCCUCGUGUACGUCAACGACUUGGUCUUUGCCACUGCUGACACUGCUGGACUCGCCCACGUGAAGUCCGAGCUGCAGAAGAGACACACGUGCACAGACCUGGGUGAACUGCGCAGCUACCUUGGCUUGCAGAUCACCCGGGACAGAGCACGCCGCACCAUUACCCUGACUCAGUCACAUAUGCUCUGCCUUCGGAUGAGUCCGUAG